UUGUAAAAUUUAUUUAAGUAUAUUCAGCAUUGUGUUGAUCUUUAUUAAAAAAAAAUAAAUUUAAAAAAAAAUGGUUCUUGUAGAAACAAAUUUCCCCCGCGGUGGAACUUUUGAAAAGCGUGAAAAUCAGGAGAAUAUUGAUUUUGGGGCUAAGCAAAUAAAGAAAAAGAAAAGGAAAGACAAUUCUAAUAAAGAUGAAGAGCUUGAAAAUAAUGUUGCGAUUGAGGCAAUUUCGGCAGAACUUUUAACUUACAAGACUAUUCAAGAAGGGAUGAUUUUGUAUGGAAUAAUCAAACAUGUAGAUCCAAUUUGUUUAAAAGUUUCAUUACCGGGACGUAUUGUUGGAAAAGUUUAUGCUUCUUCAAUAUCAGAUUCUUAUAACAGAAUACUUAAAGAAUUCAUUCAAACUUCAGAAAAAUUGGAGAAUUUUAAACCUUUAGAUCAGUUGUAUUCAAUUGGAGACAGUGUUUACACAAAAGUCAUGCAAAUAAAGGAAAAUGAGGCGAAAAGUCAUAUUGAAAUCGUACUGUCUUUUAAACCUUCUGACGUGCACCAAAAUUUAUAUCACGAAAACUUUACUAAAGGAAAUAUUUUUAACGGGGCAAUUGAAGAAAUACAAGAUCAUGGUUAUGUUAUAGAAUCAGGUGUUAAGAAUUUAAGAUGUUUCUUACCAAAAAGCAACGUUGAUGACGAAAAUCAUAAAGUUUUUUGUGUUGGACAGUUGGUAUGUGUUAAAAUAGUAAAAUUAACACAAUUUAAGAAUGCUAGCACAGCGAUAUGUACAUUAAUAAGUAAUGAAAAUAAACGUAAACUGAAAGAUAUGAUUGAACCACGUUUGGAGUAUUUAAUGCCAUCGUCUAUUGUAAAUUUUACUGUCACAAAAAUAUUAAAAGAUGGAUUACAAGGCACAAUUAUGAAUGGUAAUUUCACAGCAUAUGUAAAUGAACAUCAACUAGCAGAUCUAUUUGCAAUGCCAAGUGAAUAUGAUGUUGAUUCAACAAUAGUAGCAAAAAUUUUAUAUAUAAUGCCGCUUUCAAAAUUAGUAUAUUUAUCACUAAAAAAAGUAAAACAAAAUUUUGAAGAAAAUAUAUUAAAGCGAGGAACAAUAUUAAAUGCCAGUGUACAUAACCACGGAACAGGAGGCAUUAUAUUUCAAAUAGACGAAAAUAAAAAGGCUGUACUAUCUUUCAGUUCUUUAAAAUCAAAAAUCUCCGGAAAUUUUGAUCACGAUGAUCUUUUAUCAAAAUAUAGUAAAAAUUCAAUGCACAAAAUUCGAAUAAUUGAUUAUGAUUUUGUCGAUGAGUUUUAUAUUUGCACUGAUAAUCCAAACGUCCUCAAUGAGAAAUAUUUUACUGUACAUGAUUGCGAAGUUGGUGAAUUUGUUACAGUAACUGUAAAGCAAAAAGAUAAAAAUAAUGGGAAUUUAUAUUUUAAACUAGGAAAUUGUAAUGCUCUAAUGGAGAAACUUUUUCAAUCAUCUCAAACAAUGCUAACUACCUCAGAAAAUUCAAAAAUUAAAUGUAGAAUUUUGGCUACAAACAAUGAGAGGAACAUUGUUUAUUUGACUAAUAAACCAGAAUAUAUGAAACAAAAUUCAAAAAUAUUAGACAAUGUGCAUAAAGCUAAAGUGAAUCAAGUUUUUUUGGGGACAAUAGUCAAAUGCACUGAAAGAUUUUUCAUAAUAAAGUUUUUUGCUGGAAUAAAAGGUAUUUUAUAUAAAACCGCGGCAACACAUUUUAUGUUCUCGGAAAUUUCUUCGUUUAAUACUGGACAGACAAUGCUAUUUAGAAUUUUAAAAAGAGAAGGUAAUAAAUUACUUCUAGGUUCAGCCAAUGAAUUAUUAAAAAUUGGUGAUGUAUCUAGAGCAACUGUAGAAAAUUGCUUGGAAAAUGGUUUAGAAAUAACUAUUAAAAAGGAUGACCAUGAUAUUAAAGGUCUUGUUCCAGUUCAAUUAAUAACCGAUUUCCCAGAAUUAAAUGUUCCAAAGCUUAAAACUUUUAUUGUAGGACAACCUAUUGAAGUUGCUUGUACUUUCAAAAAUAUAUUUUCUAUCAGGGAUGUGGAAUACUUCAGUUCAACUAAAACUAAAACAUUUUCUUCUUUAAGAUCAGGGGAUAUGCUCCGCGGUUCAAUAAAAAAUAUUGAUAAUGACAUCGUGGAGGUUUUGUUACCAAUUCGGAAUUAUAACAAAUUAUUGCGUAUUCAUUUGAAAAUGAUAUUACCUAAUUUAAUUUCAGAAUCAAACAUAUUAGUUGAACCAGAUCAGAUUAUAUAUGUUAGAAUUUUGCACAAAGAACCAAUAACAAAAGCUUUAACUGUUUCAGCAAAAUUAACUGAUGUUUGGGAUGGUGAUUUUCAGCUUACAGGAGAAAUAUUUGCAAAAUUUUUAAAUGAAUUGAAAGUUUUAAAAAAAUCACUAAAAUCUCAAGAAGAUCCAUUUGGCAAUUUGAAAAUUGGAAAAAUUUUAUUGGCAAAAUUUUUGUUCCAAGAUAAAGAAAAUUUGAAUUAUUAUGUAGAAUUAGAGAACGGCGUUCAAGGUAUUAUAAAACGGCACCUAUUUUGUGCCGAAUACAAGGAAGCAAAUGAAACAAAAAUUUUAAAAGAAGGUGAUCAAGUCAAAAUUAUUAUUUUGUGGAUUGAUUACAAGAACCGUAUAGUUUAUUGUUCAAAUCAAGGUUCAACUCUAAGAAAAAUAACGACCGAGCGAAAAUUACCUAAAAAUUUAGUCAAUAAAACUGGAGUAAAUGCAAAAGUUUUAUUAAUAUUUGAUAAUUUUGUUGUUUGCUCUUUAAAACAAAACGAAAAUCCAAUCGUUAUAGUACCAACACGUAUGCACUAUAACGAUUUUGAGUCUAGUGUUACAACUAAAGUAAUAGAAGGAGAUUUUUGUCGCUUGCGGUUUGUAAAUGAAAACUAUCCUAUAGCAGUUUUUGAGGACACUGCAAAGUUAUGGAAUAAAUAUAAAACACGUAAAAGGAAACUGCUAGAAAUUUCGGAAGCAAAAAAUAAAAAGCGAAAGGUUUUGGCGGGUUUUGCUGAUACAACAGAGAUAGUAAAAAGGCAUCAUCACAAUGAAAUAGGAAAAUUAGAAAUAGACUCUGACAGUGAAACUGAUAUGUUAAAUUUUGAAAAGGAACUUAAUGCAUUAAGCGAUGACGAGGAAUUUAGUGAAGCAGAAGCAGUGAAAAAUGGCAAAGGUCUGUCUACUGAUAUUAAAAAAAAUAAUUUGAAAAUUAAUAACAAUGGUAAAAGAGAAAUUAAACAACAUAAGAAUUCUUUUGAAUCUGAUAGUGAUGUGCAUUUGUCAGAUUUUGAGCGUGAAUUGAAUAUUCUUAGUGAUAGCGAAGAAGAAAACAAGUCAGGAAAAGAAAAAAUGGUGGACUCAAGCUCUACAGAUAUAUCUGACUUCGAAAAUGAGUUAAAUGAAUUAAGCGAUGACAGUGAAACAAAAGAAAAUUAUAUAAAAAAUAAUAAGAUAGGGAAAUUAGUUCUACCAGGCGUAAAUGACUUUUGGUCAGCUCCUAAUAUAGAGUCACAAAAAAUUAAAAUCGAAUCAAGUAGCGAAGAUGAAAGUGACAGUGAAAGCAAAGUGAAAAAGAAAAAACGUUUAACAGCUGCAGAACGAUUUAAAGCCGAAAAACUUGAAGAAGCACGAAUUCGUGAUAUUGAAAAUAAAUAUGCAGAAAUGAAUGAUGAACCAGAAAAUGCUGACCAGUUUGAUCGACUAACUUUGUCUGAUCCGAACAACAGUAAAAUCUGGAUAAAAUAUAUGGCUUUUUAUUUGAAAACUACUGAAAUUGAUAAGGCCCGAAUUGUUGCAAAAAAAGCAUUGAAAGUUAUUUCAUUUCGUGAACCUCAAGAAUUACUCAAUGUAUGGGUUGCGCUUUUAAAUUUGGAGUCAAAUUAUGGUACCAAAGAAAGUUUUAAGGAAACUUUCAAAGAAGCUUUACUUUACAAUGAUCAUUUAAAUAUAUAUUUGAAGGCAAUUGAAAUACUAACAAACACAAAAAGUAUUCAGGAACUGAAUGAUAUUAUAACACCAGCUAUAAGAAAAUUCAAAGAUAAUCCAGAAAUAUGGAAAACAUCUGCGUCUGCUCUUUUUCAAGUAAAUUUAAAAGAUAAAGCACAACAACUUUUACACAGAUCAUUAAACUCUUUGCCUGAAAGGCAACAUAUAAAUAUUAUAGUAGCAUUUGCAAAUUUGAAUCAUAAAUAUGAGGAAAAAGAAAUGGCACACACAUUGAUGGAACAGGUUUUAACUUCUUAUCCAAAACGAGUAGAUGUGUGGUGUCAAUAUGUCGACAUGUUAGUAAAAGAUUCUUUGAUUGAACCUGCAAGGCGUACCUUAGAACGGGCAGUUAUCCAAAAAAUUCCUUUGAAAAAAAUGAGAACAAUAUUCAAAAAAUAUUUAGAGUUUGAAGAAAAAUACGGUGAUGAAACAAACAUACUUAAAGUAAAAGAGUUAGCGCAGGACUAUGUAAAAAGAAAUGAAAUAUAAUAAAGUAAUUGAAGGAAAACAAAUUUGUAAAUAAAUUUCUUUCAUGUUAAAAAUAUGUUU